AUGACGGACGCUGCAGGUAUGCAUCGUCUUCUGCAAACAUUAUCUCAAGCGGAGAGGCAUACGUUUAUUGCAACCCUUUCGCCUCGGAGCCGUUCAAACCUGGUGGCUUACAUUGCAACCAUGGAGCACGACCUUGCAAAGAUGAAGCAAGCCUUCCAUUUCGAUGAGUUUGCAGGCAAUACCAACCGACUCAUGGAAAAGGUCAGCGAUGAUGGUAGCGAUGAUGAUUCCUGCAGCGAUGCAGGAUCAUUCCUCUCGGACACAGGCACGGAGGACCCGAUCUUCAAUCAUGCAAGCAUACACGCUGAGGAUGAGCUGCUCAUGCUCUUGAAGCAAAAGGAGCAGCUUCAGACGCGAUUGGCCAACGCCCAAGCGCUGAGCUCGCAGUUGGCAACAUCUCUGGCAAAUGCCGAGGGCCUGGUGGAUUCAGAUGCUGAUGUCCUCGAGGAGGCUGCAAGCAGUGCCAGCUCGGACAUUGAGACGGAAGUGAGUGACGGGAGGCGUUUUGCAACAGAUAAACCUGAUAGCCUGCGUUCCCUGAUGCGCGCACUGCAAGAUGCUUCACCUGAGGACAGAAGGAAAGCUGUCGCGGACAUCUCGCAAGAACGCUUCUUGCAAUUGAUUAGCAACCUUCCCGAGGAGUGCGAUGAGGAAGACAGCUCGCCAGGUGAGCCAUCAAUUGCAGGGCCUCAAAGCCAGGCCUGCGAUGUCGAUGCUUGCUCCGCGCUGUGUAUUUCAGAGGCCAGCAAACCUAGCAGACCCAGAAACACAAAGCCGCUUGGCCAACUGCAGGUGGACGGCGAACCUCAAGCACAUCAAAAUGAUGUGCUGUUGCGAUUGCCUCCAAGGAGCCGUGCACACACGGCAUCUUCAGCACUUGCGACGGCCUGGGAGCGAUGUUUAGGUCAAAGCCGCGAGGGGCUUCAAAAAGGAGAUGGUAAUCUGAAGGAUUCUGGCGUUGAUGGGGAGGUCAUUUCAGCAUGGCUGGGCGGCGAAAUCUCCAGCACCAUGUGUUGUGCCAGGAUCCUGGAGGCCACUGUUCGAGGUCAUUUCUGUGCGGCUCCUGCUCAACGAGAAAUGAGCCGAACUGUGGAACUUUAUGCACGUGGCGAAGCUGGAGGCUGCCUCGGCGGCUGUUUGGGUGCGCUUGUCGGCGGCCUGGCAGCCCUUGCCUUGCCCGAGGAUGCAGUGGCAGGCCAGCUCAUGAGUGAAAUGCUGCCUCACAGGGUGCCUCCACAGCAGCCUGGUCAGGCUGUUACCAGUGCAGCCAAGGUGCUAGCUGCAGAUGGCUUCGAUGUGGAAGCUGUGAACUUUGAGUUCCGUCGCCAAUGUCUUCAGGCGCAUCCGCAGCGAAAGCUUGGCGGCUUGUCGGGAUUCUUGCAGGUACACUGCGACCUUGAAGUCUUGCGGCAGGCUUCACAUUUGGUCCAGAGCCGCAGAUACCUGACCAGUACGGCCGACCUUCCUGCCCACGACGGCAGCAAGAGUGCGGGAGCAGUGGCCGCCAAAGCCGCGGCCCUGGCGCAAGCAGAGCUUCAGCGGACAGAUUCCCAAGCUGUUGAAGCUUCAACCCUGCUAUCGCCAAGUGAACUUGAAGCGCAGAAUGAACAGAUCAGUCGCUACUUGCUGGAUCUGUCCUGGCAAAAGGAUGCCAUGAAGGCCGCUCUGGAGCACCUGCAGAAUCACGAGGCUUACGCAGUUCUUGGGAUUGCACCUGACAUAUCGGACGGGGACCUCACCAAGGCGUACAAGGCCGCAGCCAUGCGCCUGCAUCCGGACAAGGGAGGCAACGCCGAACAGUUCAAGGCAGCAAGGGCAGCGUAUGAACGCAUCUUGGAGUUGAGGCAAGGCGUGGCGCAAUGUUCCAGUGGUGACGCUGGUGACAGUGGUGAGGCGGCACACGCAGCAGCCCCAACUGCAGCCCCGAGUGGAGAAGAUGUUGCACAAGAAGCUGCUGCAGAUUUCAAGCAAGCAGAAGUCCAUGGCAAAGCUGCGGAUCCACAGACUCCCCGCCAGGAGGAGCCGCGUGGAGAUUCACCCAGGUCAAGUGCAUCUGACAAGGUACAGGAAGACGACGGAGAAGCUUCAGAGGCAUCCUGGCAGGCUGAUGCAAGCAGUUUGGGUGGUUUCGACGCUGAGGCAGUCGUUAAAGCCAUUCCAGUUGAGAGUGUAUCUAGACAGGCUGAGCAUGCACUAGACGGCGCGCAGAUGUGCAUGAAGGUGUCGCGAUUGGCUUCAGAGGCCACCGGGACAAGCCGUUCGUGGUCGCAGCUCUUGCGGUGCGGGACGCAUCUCUUGGACAGCGCGCACUGCGUCACGCAGGCGGCGCAGAGUGUUUCGAGGUGUGCCAUCGGCGUGCCAUCUGAUCUGGUUCCUUUGCUGGAGAAGAUCAAGACAGCUGAGGGGAUGACAAGGCAGGCGGUUAGUGCGGCACGUGACCUGAUGCAAUGCACGGAGAUCAUCUCCGAAAGAGGCUUGAAGGCUACGGAGCUUUCCAACAGGCUUCUGCAACAGUGCAAAGAGCUGGCCAGCACGCUGCAGUCGGUCGCCGGGGCAGACGAGAUGUCUAGCUUCGCAUGCAGGACAAUGGCGAAGACUUAUGAGGGUCUUUCAAGUCUCGCCCGGGAGACGGCAGACGCGACGGCGGCUGCAGCAGUAAUGGUCGGUGAUGCACAGCAGAAUGCCCAAGUGUUGAAGGAUAUACUGGACAAGCUCCAGUGCAAGGCCAAGGGAACGCAAGAAAAGCCCAAGGAUGAAGACAAGGAGACGCCUGAUGCGGACACCAGCAGUGAUGAAGAAACGGCUGAAACUGUAGAGGACCGCACAUCUUCAAAUCGAAGGCUGCUCCUGAAGCUCAACACCGAGGUGCUGGAGCUCCAGAAAGAGAUGCGCAGCCUCAUCUUGAGCAAUCCAUCCCUCAUGCCGGAGGUUGGAGUUGCGCAGAAAGAGAGGAUCUUUUGCCUUGCAGCAGAGCUGGUCGAGCAGAUGAAGUGGAAGUUCACCAUGCUUGGGCUGCAUGGCCUUAACGGCCCAUCCACAUGGGAGGAAGCCAUGCAGGAGACGAUCCUCUUACUUCAAGCAGCCGCGAAUUGGGAUGGUCUUGCAGCGCCAGCACUAAAUGCCCGAAUUCUGCGAGCUGCUGCCCUCGUCGACGCAAACCUCUUAUACAAAAUGCUUCAGGAUGCGCUGCAGGCUUGCGAGGACGUGACGCCGCCAGGUGACACUGUCAAGGAUCAAGACGAGAGCAGAAAUCAGUAUUUGGAGGCGGUGGACCUGCUGUGCCGGCAUAGAACAUCUGAAGCAGCCAUAGCGCAUGCAUAG